AACUGAUAGAAUGACGUCAUGACCAAGCAGAAACGAUAAGAUAGUCAAAAGUCUAAGUGUCUUUUUCUUGUUAAAACAUUUUGUGACAUUUACAAAUUUGGAUUAUCAAAAUGUCGUAUGCAUACCUUUUUAAAUACAUCAUUAUCGGGGAUACAGGAGUCGGGAAAUCUUGUCUUCUCCUGCAAUUCACAGACAAACGAUUUCAGCCUGUCCAUGACUUGACAAUAGGUGUCGAAUUUGGUGCUCGUAUGAUUACCAUUGAUGGAAAGCAGAUUAAAUUGCAAAUUUGGGAUACUGCUGGUCAAGAAGCUUUCCGUUCUAUUACGCGGUCAUAUUAUCGAGGAGCAGCUGGCGCACUCUUGGUUUAUGAUAUCACACGCCGAGAGACAUUUAAUCAUCUCACAACGUGGCUCGAGGAUGCGAGACAGCACUCCAAUUCGAAUAUGGUAAUUAUGUUAAUUGGCAACAAAAGCGACUUGGAUUCUCGAAGAGAAGUUCAGAGGGAAGAAGGCGAGGCUUUCGCCAGGGAGCACGGUUUGGUCUUCAUGGAAACAAGCGCCAAGACAGCGGCGAACGUUGAGGAAGCUUUCAUUAACACGGCCAAAGAAAUUUAUGAAAAAAUCCAAGAAGGUGUUUUCGACAUUAACAAUGAGGCAAACGGAAUUAAAAUUGGACCUCAACAUUCGCCCACCAGUCCCGGUGGAAUAGCAGGUUCCGGUGGACAAGGCAGCGCACAAGGAGGUGGUUGUUGCUAGGGGUUGGGAAUUGCUUGUCCACCAAUUCAUCCUUCAAUAAUUUGAACUGAUCAUCUCAUUCCUGCUCUUCGUUUUUAUCCCUGACUGCUUAAGAUUUGUACAUUUCUUUUCGUUCGUAAUUCUUCUGAGGCAGUGAACAGUGAAGGAACAAGUAUUUAUUAUACUUAAUAGAUAUUUACACUUUAGGUAAAUAUUACCGAACAUAAGUGUUGUACAUCACUACACGUAUAAAAUAAAGACUUAAUUUAUAAGUUUA